AUCCGUGGGCUAGGAACCGGUUACAUCGCUCGUGUGUAGUCUUGUGCGUGGCGGUGAGUUAGCGGGAGUGAUCGAGUCGUGAAAUCAUAGUCCAUGUGCCUACGACCUCGUUUUUCGUUCUCGUUCUCACAGUUCGUAUCAUGCUAAUCGAUCGGAAAGUGGAGAAUAUCGAAGUUGAAAAUCGUGUGUUCGGUGUUGAUAAAGUGAAAGUAAAAUGUCCCGGGACCCUUAUGGUGCCAGUUUGAGCACGACAGGAGGUAAUAGAUCACCCAGGAGUGCCCGACGUUUAGGCGAAUUGCCCACUGUCGACCGUUCUCCUUCACGGAACUAUCCGACUUCGGGCAGUGGUACCCGUGGCAGUCCCGUAGGACGAAAAGGGAGACCCACUAGAUCCGGAAACGCCUCCCCGGAGCACGUGCUAGGCUAUCAGCCUAUGAAUUCCCAGUAUUACGGAAGAGAAGAGGAUUUGGGAAGCCCGACGAUGAUGGAGGACAGAGGAAGGUCGAUCGCGUCGAGCGGAGCCCACCACAGGUCUAGGAGUGCCAGCCGACCCAUGGGCGCUAACACCAUGUCUGUCAGAUACCAGUCUUUGGACAGAACUAGUGGCACAGUGGCAGAUACAAUGCACGACAGAGAGUUCAUGCCCAUCCGCGAACCCAGAGACCGAUCCUUGGACCGUGUCGGUGCUCGAGAGAGAUCAAUGGAACGUGGCAUGUACCUAGACGAGGACCUGUACGGAACCAGCAGCCGAUCCGCACGUCAGUCUCCUAACGCCCAUCUUAUGACUGGGAGAGACGGCGGUGCGUAUUUGGGCGAACUGCAAAAUCAAAACACAGACCUACAAAGAGAGUUGGCCAACCUCAAAAAAGAGUUAGAACUCACAAACCAAAAAUUGGGCUCUAGUAUGCAUAGCAUCAAGACCUUUUGGAGCCCGGAACUGAAGAAAGAACGAGCACUCAGAAAGGAAGAAUCUGCGAAAUACAGCCUCAUCAACGAUCAACUGAAGCUACUCAAUUCGGAGAAUCAGAAACAAGCGAUGCUUGUCCGACAACUGGAAGAGGAGCUCAGGUUAAGAAUGAGGGGACCAAGUUUAGAAAUGCAACAGCAGAUGGAAGUUCUCUAUACGGAGAACGAACAUUUAUCACGUGAAGUUGCUAUUCUCAGGGAAACUAUUAAGGAUUUGGAACUUAGGAUAGAUUCACAAAAGCAAACACUGCAAGCUCGUGAUGAAAGCAUCAAGAAACUUCUCGAAAUGCUUCAAAAUAAAGGUGUUGGGAAAGAGGAAGAGAGGCAAAUGUUACAUCAAAUGCAGGCUAUGGCCCAGAAACAGGAGUUAAAGGCAACAAAUGAAACACUUAGAGCACUGCAGUUGCAACUUGAGAGAGCACUGCAAAAUCAAAACAGUGGCUCACAGCCAAAUAGCACCCUGACUGCAAUCCUGGAAACAAAGGAUGCUAGGAUCUCUACUCUGGAGAAGGCUGUGAGUCUCCUUGAAGAGGAGCUGGAUAGGAAGAAUGAAUACCUCACAAAGGAACAACUAUCUUCCCCUUUACUAGAAAUGGCAAUACCCGGAGGUUCACAGCUAACUCAGAAACAACAACUGGAGGAGUUUCGUGCCGAGAUCCAGCGCAGGGAUCAAGAGAUUCUGGCAAUGAGCGCCAAAAUGAAGACGUUGGAGGAGCAACACCAGGAUUACCAAAGGCAUAUUGCUGUCCUUAAGGAGUCAUUGUGUGCAAAGGAGGAACAUUACAACAUGCUACAAGCUGAUGCUAAAUUAGAUGUAAACGUUGAGGAACUGCGACAACGACUUGAAGAGAAAAAUCGCCACAUUGAGAAAAAGACCCAACAGUCUCUCCAGGCACAACAAGAUAAAAAUCGUAUUGCCAGUGAAUUAAACGAAAUGAGGGAUCACAUGGAUAUAAAGGAUAGAAAAAUUAACGUGCUACAGCGAAAGAUUGAAAAUUUGGAAGAUCUACUGAAAGAAAAAGAUAAUCAAGUUGACAUGGCCCGAGCUCGUUUAUCUGCAUUACAGGCACACCAUUGCACGAGUGAAGGUGCACUUUCGAGUUUAGAAGAAGCAAUAGGAGAUAAAGAACGUCAGAUGAAUCAAUUGCGUGAGCAGAGAGACAGGGCUGAACAAGAGAGGCAGGAAGAGAGAGAACUUCAUGAAAGAGAUAUAGCGGAGUACAAGCUAAAGUUGCAUGCCCUUGAAAGUGAAGUUGAAAAAUUGGGAGCGAGAAUGGACCGUGCUCAAAUCGAAAAAGAUAGAUUAGAGGCAAAACUCGAAAGUUCACAAUUGGAAUUGGGCAAAUCCAAAGCCGAACUCGACAAAGCUGCAAGUGAAGUCGGCCGCAGCGGAGCAGACUGGGAAGCAGCUAAACAGCGGUUGACACGGCUUGAACUUGAAAAUGAACGUCUCAGACAUGAACUCGAAAGAUCGCAGACUACUUUCGGACGUAGCACAUUGAGCACUUCACAAGAAUUGGACAGAGUUCAAGAAAAAGCCGAUAAAGCGGCAACUGAAUUGCGAAGGGCACAGGCUGAACUGCGUGUAACACAGGCCGACAACGAAAGAGUACGAGGCGAAGCAAGUGCCGCUCAAGACAAAGUGGAAAAAUUACAAGGUGAAGUUUACAGAUUAAAAGCUAAAUUAGAGAAUGCACAAGGCGAACAAGAAAGUGUCAGAGAGGAAUACGAAAGAGCACAGUCAGCGAUAACUCGUUUACACGCAGAGAGAGAUAAAGCCGUUCUUGAUUUGGAAAAAGCAAGGGAGGAGCUAGAAAGAACACAAGCCACUCUCGGUAAAGCACAAUUACAACAAGAAAAACUACAAAACUUGUUAGAUAAGGCACAGAGCGAAGUUGACAAGUUGCAAGAAAAAUUGGAUAAAUCGACUGGAGAAAUCAGAAGGAUGCAAAUGGAGAAAGAGAAGCAAACGUAUGACUUUGAAAAUAUCCAAUCUCAACUGGACAAGACCUUAGGCCAAUCAACCAGGCUCCAAAAAGAAAAAGAAACAGUUCAACUGGAAAAUGACAGAUUAAGAGAUAAAUAUGAAAAGGCACAGGUUAUUGUUGCCCGUCUACAAAAGGAGAAGGAAACUUUCCAAGAAGAAUUAGAAAAGAUACAAGAACGAUUUGAACUACAACAAAGCCAGUUGGUCAAAGCUCAAAGAGAUAGGGAAAAUAUGUUAACCGAGCUGGAAGUUGUUAAAGAAAGAUGGGAAAAAACUCAACAAACGCAGCAAAAAGUCCAGCUUGAAAAGGAUGAUCUCUUCACUGAGAUAGAAAUAUUGAAAGAAAAAUUGGACAAAAACCAGAUGAUAUUACAAAAGACUUUAGAAGACAAGGAUAUAGCGAACAAAGAAUUUGAGAGGAUGUUAGAGAAAUAUGACAGAUCUCAAGGAGAGGUAUACCGGCUACAAAACCGAUUGGAGACAGCAGAAACUGAAAAGGAUCGUCUGGAAAUUGACCUAGAGAAACUACAAAUAAUAGCAACCAAAGCAAGAGAGGAAGUGAGAAAAGCUCAAGAUGAAGCACAGAGGGCUCAAGAAAUGUACGAUAGAGCAAUGCUCCAACUCGGAAGGACAAAAGAAAAUGAAGAUAAAUUUAAAGAAGAAAUGGACCGUAUGUCAGUAGACUUGGAAAUGAUGAGAGAAAGGUAUGAUAAGAGUCAGAUUGAAAUGAGAAGGGUUCAAUCUGAGAGGGAUAAACUACAAGCUGAUUCGGACCGAAUGCUAUUUGAACUUGAAAGAUCCCAUUCGCAAAUGUCUAAAGCCCAAACAGGAUAUGAAAAGAGUCAAGAGGAAGUAACGAGAUUAUCGUUAGAAUUAGAAAAAAUGUAUGACAAACAUGACAAAUUACAAACUGAUUUGAGAAAAACACAAUUAGAGGCAGAAAGAUAUCAUACAGAAGCUGAAUCGAUGAAAGAAGAAGUGGAAAGAUAUGCUGCCAGAGCAGGGAAGUAUCAAGAUACCCAAGAGAGGAGUAAAGAAGAAUUAGAAAGACUGCGUGAUACUGCAGAACAUUUGCGAGCCAAAUAUCAGCAUGAAACAGAAAAAGCUGAAAAAUUAUCACAACUAAACGAAAGGUUGGAGAGUAAAAUACACGAGGUUCAACUUGAGCUUGAUCUUAGUAGAACUGAAUUGUCGAAAAUGGUAGAAUCACAGAGUAAGCAUCAGUCAGAAAUUGAAAGAUUACACAUUGAAUGUGAGAAAGUGCGAGACCGCCAGGAGAAGUUACAGUUGGAGAAUGAUAGACUCAGAUCAGAUCUCUCUAGCAAAAAUAGUAUGGAUAUAGAAAGUAGUAUGCUACGAGAACGUUUGGACAAGAUCCAGAUGUUGAAAGAAAAAGCGGAAGCUGAAACAAACAAAUUACUUCUAGAAGUUGAAAGACUUCAAUCUGAAAAUGACAGGCUCCGUUCAGAAAGUGGAGGAAGGAACAUUGGAGAGGCGGAGUUGGACAGAUUGAGAGAAAGAUUGGAAAUUAUGACACAAUCUAGAGAAGUUGCUGAAGGUGAAGUAAAACGACUGAUGAGAGAGCUUGAAAAAACUCAGAUGCAUUUGGGCAAAUAUCAAGAAAACAAUGAAGCAGCUGAAAUUGAAUUUGACCGAAUGUCAUCGGAAUGCUCCAGAAUGCAUGAAAAAUUGGAAAUGGCUAAAGCAGAAAUGUUGAAAAUGGCAGACGAUAAAAUGAAGGCUGAAAGUGAACUACAGCAGAUAAAACGUAUCUUAGAAAAACAACAAACUAACAAACAAGAAGUCGAUUCAAGGUUGAAUGAGGAAAUGUUAAGGAUUCAACAGGAACGAGAUCAAGCAUUGAAAGACCGAGACAAAAUGAACAGAAUACUUGAUAAACGUGAAAAACAAUGUGAGAUGAUAGAAAAACAGUUAGAAAAAUUAGAAGUCGAAGUUAAACAAUUGUCAAAUGAGCGAGAUCAGUUAGUACUUCAAUUAGAAAAAUCACAAGAUAUGUUGGUUACAUUCCAAACUGAACUACAACAAUCAGAAUCUCGUUUAGAAAAAGAAAGAGAUGAGGUUGACAGAUUGAAAUCUGAACAGAGGAGAUUAAUUUCCAAAGAUGCCGGGCGAGAAGGGAGUGAGAGAGAAAUCACCAGAUUGCAACAAAUCUUACAGGACAAAGAUAAAGAAGUACUAACUGUGCAGCACACUUUAAAGAACAAAGAAAAAGAGCUCAUGCAACUCCAGCAAAGACUCGAACAGCAAGCACAGCAGUUCAUGAAAGAAAAAGGAACAUACGAAACAGAAUGCUUACAAUGGCAAAAGGCAAUUGAAAUGGAGAAAAUGAGAGCAGAUGAACUACAGCACCAACUACAGUCUAUGCAAACUCAUCAUUCAUCAAUUAACAACGACCUACUGAAAAAAGUUCAAGCUCUUGAAAAACAACUGCAAUCUACACAAUCAGAAUCUCGAGAGACGAAGGAGAACAUGCAAAGGAAAAUACAAGCUCUUGAAAAGGAACUUAAAAACCAACAAUCGGGUGAAGCAGCAGCCAAGGACGUACAACGAUUAUUAACAGAAUUAGAUCGUUGCCAAGCAGAACUUAAGAGUGGUGCAAUAGAAAGGGAAAGAUUACAAGCUCAACUUGAAAUGUUGGUUCAAGAAUUAGAAAGAAAUCAGGUUGAGCUUCGCGAAGCAACCAAGAAACCACCACCAUCAGCAGGAAAAGGAAAUGAAGAAGCGUUAAGAAAAGAAAUGGAGCUGUAUAGGAAACAGCUUGAUGAAAAUAAGUAUGUUAUCGAUGAUCUAAGAAAGAAACAAGAUGAAAUGAGAAAGGCUAUCGAUACUAAAUCUAAACAACUGGAUGAAAAAGAGAAAGCCCUCAUAGACUUUGAAAUGAAACUAAAGAAAAGAAAAGAUCAAGAGGCUAAGGGUAAAGGUGUUGAUGCACAAGAGAUCGAGGCACUUAAAGCUGAAGUAGAAACAUGCAGGGAAAGUGCUAAACACUCUCAAGAGGAAACAGAACGUCUUUUGAAAUUAAUGCAAAUGACCCAAGAGGAACACAACGCUAAAGAUAAAAUGAUCAAAGAUUUACAAGACGCAUUGAAAAAUGCACAAGCAAAAGUUAGAAGCUUACAAACUGCCAAUGCACAAAGGGAACAAGCACGAAAAGCAGAUGAGGCUGGUCCUGCUGGCUUCUUAAAAAGUUUUUUUUAAGUUUAUAUAUUUAUGUAAAUACUAACGAAUUAUGUAUAUAAAU